UUUUGAAGGGCCCCGUGUGGAUUGGAUCGGGCCUGAGGACGUGAAUAAUGGUUGGAUCAACUCAUACGGUCAGGCUUGGUGGGAUGCAAACCCUCCCAACGGCACGGGAAUUGCUGGUCGGCCGCAUCUCAUGAGUUACAAGACAAGCCAGGCGUCGAUCAAAUAUUUCAGGUCCCGGAAGCCAAUUGCUUGGAACAUGAAGCUUCAUGGGGAGGAUAUUACUGUCAGCCAUGCUAUUGUUGACGCUUCGUCCACUGGUAGCUUCCCUUUCAAUACUGAUGCUUUUGAUGUUAAGGGUACCGAUAUCCGAAUCUCGGACAGCAUUAUGUAUAACGGUGACGAUGCAAUCGCGGUUGGAUCCGAAUCUCAUAACAUCGUGUUUGAGAGGAAUACGAUCGGCUACCAAUCCCAUGGUAUGAGCAUCGGAUCACUAGGAAAGGACCCCUCAGACUUUGCCAACAUUACCAAUCUGAGAUUCGAGGACGUGACCGUUAUCGACGCUCUAUACGCUGCUCGCUUCAAGUCCUGGACCGGCGGUCAGGGGCUUGUCAAGAAUGUGACCUGGAAAAACAUCCGAGUGUAUAAUGUAACGUUCCCAAUCUUUGUGACCCAGAGUUACUAUGACCAAAGUGUUUCGCGGGAUGGAGUUGAUGCUGAGUCGUCAGUGAUGAUGGAAGACUUUACUUGGGCCGACUUUUCCGGCUCAAUCAAUUCAUAUCAACCUGGAGAUGGAUCUUGCGCCACCAACCCUUGCUGGUAUAACGCAGGGCUUCCGAACCUGAAACACACGGAAGCAAUUAUAAUUGGGUGCAACACGGAGAAGUCCUGCAAAAAUUUUGUUACAAAAAACAUCCAGCUCUAUCCACAAGUUCUGGAGCCGGCGAGCGUCAUCUGCAUGAAUGCUACAGCAGCGCUGAACCCAAGCCUCGGGUUCGGCUGUAGCAAUGGAACAUUCACUUCAUCAUAGCCUCGCCGAGGUCGAAACCGCCGAGAAACCUCUGGUACAUAGUUUACCAGAUCUAGCAAUCAUCCGUUAAGGGGCUGCGCAAUGUGAGAGUGACUUUGGCCAGUUGUACUUUCCCAUUUGGCUGAAUGCAACCCUGGCUUCCUUAAAUGGCUUGCACCGAGCCAGGCACAGAUAAUGUUCUCUCGAUUCUCUUUCUCUUUCUCUUCUCUUUCUCUUCACAAUCUCUUUCGUCUUAUUGUAGUAUUUACUUCUCUCUAGCGAUCAAGUCCAUCAAACCCAUCAUUCGUUUAACCAUUCCUUCCUUCUAGUCAUAUUACUUACUCCAUGCUACAACCAUUUCCCGGAUACUACAUCAUUAGACCCCAGGGUUCAUUUGUGCCGUUGAUCCCGGUCGACGAGUUACCAUCGUGGCUUCAAGUCG